AUGGCCGCGCAGCCGUCCGCGUCGGCGUCUGGUUCUGCACCGAACUUCUCGACAGAAUCAGCCAACAAUGGGGCCACAGCCGCUUCUUCAUCAGAUCCCGGGUCGGGUGCCGACCCCGCUACUACUGCGGGAGCCGGUACAGCCGCCGCUCCAAAUGACCGCGACGACGAUUCCGACCCGCAGUCUAAGCCUCUGCCUGUACGGAGCAAAGAAUCAUUCCAGACAAUCCUCCUGGAGAGAUAUAUGAUGCGAGAUUUUGAAAACCAAGCCGCCAUAGAAGAUGCGCAGUCUCGUAUGGCAGAUACGAUGGCUUACCUGAACGCGAAGAUCGACGACUACAACGUCAUCCGCCACAGCCACCGACAUUUCUUCCCGCCCAGCGUACUAUACGGCGACGGCUAUCGAGCCUGCUCGAAUUCGUUCAUUCCCAUUGAUCCGCGAAUGAAACCCCCGGGGCCGCAGAUCGUGUAUCCUCAACAGAAGCCGAGGGCCGGUAAAAGACGGUCACCCCGGCUGACGUGGAAGAAGAAGGACAUGAAGAAACAAGCCGACCAGCACGAAGAGCUCGUCCCUGUCCGUAUCGACGUCGAUUGGGACAAGAUCAGGCUGCGCGAUACUUUUACUUGGAAUCUACACGAUCGCAUUGUGCACCCCGAAAUCUUCGCGCAGAACUUCCUUGAGGACAUGGGUCUUGACCCGACCGACAAGGCCUUGUUAGAACCUGUGCUCCACCAGAUGCACGACCAGCUCAUGGACUUCUAUCCUUUCGUCUAUUCAGACGAAGAUGCCCUGGACCCCGAACUGCCCUACUGGGCGUACAAGAACGACGAGAUGAGGAUGUUGGUCAAACUUAAUAUUACCAUCGGGCAACACACGUUAGUGGACCAGUUCGAGUGGGAUAUCAACAACCCCCUGAAUUCACCCGAGGAAUUCGCCACAAGCAUGAGCCGCGAGCUGUCGCUUUCGGGGGAGUUUACCACCGCCAUCGCCCACUGCAUUCGGGAGCAGACGCAGCUCUUCACCAAGAGCUUGUACAGCGUCGGCCAUCCCUUUGACGGGCGACCGCUGGAGGACCCGGAUCUGAUCAACGCAUUUCUCCCAUCGCCAUUACCCAGCGUCUUCCGUCCGCAACAGCAAGCCAAGGAAUACGCGCCAUAUCUCUACGAAUUGUCCGAUGCCGACGCUGAGAGGAACGAGAUGGUCUUCUCCAGGGAACAAAGGAGGCAGAAGAGGUCGAUCAACAGACGAGGCGGUCCUCAGCUCCCCGACCUCAAGGAUCGCCAGCGAACGAUUCGGGCGCUUAUCGUGUCGUCGGUGCUCCCAGGAGCUGCCACAGACAUCGAGGAGACGUCAUUAUACAAGAGGGUGGCGGCGCCGCCGGGUACUCGCAGGAGACCGGGGGCGCGCGACGGCAUCAUCUCGGACUCGGAUGAGAGCGACGAUUCGGGCCCCGACUCACCCGCCGUUUCGCAGCUGGGCGGAACCGCCAGGACGAGGGGUCUCCGUGGCGCUGCAACGGCUGCGCAGCACCGGAUGGCCAACCUAGGACGGUCCGAGACUCCAGAAGCCAGCAUCAUCCACCACCACGAGACACGCAGGAAUGUCGGGCGCUUCGGGCGCGAACUCCGCGACGAGACCGAGGAACCGACCCAGAUGAUCGUCACGCUGAAGAUUAAUAAGGAGAAGUUGAGGCGGUUUCUGCAGAACCCCCGGGCAAGAAUCUCGACCAGCGGUUCCCAGACACCAUCGACCCCUGCACAUAGCCGUAUUCCCAGCACGUCAGCCGGUUCCAACUCGAUGCCGCGGACGGCUUCAAACGGUCAGCAGAAGACCAGCACGCCGGUCACACAGAGUCUCCUCGGGGCUGUCCCGGCGCCGGCGCAAGGUGAUGGACAGCAAAUACCAAGCCCUCCCCAAUGGCUAUCGGCCAGCCUUCAGCAACUCCGCGAGAAAUACCCGCAUGACUUGUUCGAAGGUAUCAUGAAGCACUCGUGCAUCAACCCGGAGACCGAGGCGCCUGUUCCUGUGCCGCAGGGCCAGGCACCGCCCCCCGGUCACAAGUGGAUGUUCCUGCCGCGGAUUCGGUGUAAGGACUGCCCCGGCAAGUCGUACACGCCCGGACCCGAGAUGACUACGGGCAAUUUCGAACGUCACCUCAACUUGGCCACGCAUCGGAAGAACGUGGACACGAGGUUGGGGUUCGACACACGACCCAAGGCUGCUAAGCCGGCUGCCGAGAACUCAGCUACAUCAUAG